AUGAGCUCUGCAAAGUUGAAAGGCAGUGACAAGUCUUCAGGUACGUUAGUAUUGCCUACUGUUUUGAAAUUUAUCGGCUAUUCACGCUUGUUCUUGACUGAAUAGUAUGGGGGUCACAACUUUCCUCAGUGGCAAAUUGGAAAAAAAAACUACGGCGAAGUUUAUAGAUAGUAUGGGCGAUGUAUAUUUAGCCCGUCAGCUAAGAUUAACUCAGUGAUGUCGUGUUACCAGCAAAAUAGAAGUUAUGUAGGGCUUCGUGUGCUAAUCUUCCUUUGGUUUUCCCAGAAAAUGAAAUCAUACCAUGGUCAGUAGUUACUCGGUUUCCUCAGUUUCUUGCUAUAAAUAUACAUCGCGAGUGUGUUGUCUUCAAGAACAUACUCAUUAAACGAGCCGCACAUGUUCACGUUAAAUCGAAUACACAUUACAUUUAGACUAAAUUGGUUUCCGUAAAAAUAUCGUAAUCAGACCAUUUGGUCAAGUAAUGUGUUUUAUUAUUCAGUUGUAACCGUUGGCGGUAAUAUGAGUAGAAGAUUUCGCAUUUAAAAGGUUUCAACGAUUUACACGCUCAAUGCGAAUUGCGACUUUUACCCACCAAAUUACCCUUCCAUUUGAGUGCAAUAUUUGUUGUUUUAUGAUUAACAUUUAAGAGUACAUUUACAGCCAUUUAUAAGGGUGAAAAAAAAAUUGACACCAAGACACAAGGAUAACGAUUUUCUUGCCAUGAAAUGACGAAGGAAAUCAGUGGAUAAUUUUUGUUAAUUGAAUGCUUCGUAGGAGGCAAGUUAAAAUCUCUGUAACUGCCUUUUGUAUCCGAGAAACUUCGUCUGUUUGGAUUAUUUUAGUUAUUUGAGGGAGACAAGUUACAUCCCCACGUUUUGGCUGGAAAAAUACUCUACCUUUGAUUAAAUUGAAGUCAAAAUACCUCGAGGAUGAAAUGUAUCGAGCGGUGGUCACAUUAGAAAUUAAACAAAACUAUCAGAUCAAAGGGAAAGAUCUUCGCAAAGGAAGAGACUCAGGUUUGAGUUGAAAUGUCUCAGGGAAUUAUGAAUGAUGUACACAACAUUUGCGUAUUUUGCUUUGUUUAAGAUGUAAGUUCCUUAAUUUCGACAUGUCAGACGGUUCAUACUUCCAGCCCUAUUUUUCCUCUGAAAGGUUGAAAUUUGCAUUUGAAAAGCUUAGGGUACACAUAUGUACCAUGCCCUUCUCGCGCGCUCAUCAAACCACGUUUUGAAAUCCUGUUUCUCAUUCUACGAUUAUUCUUUUUAUUUCACAGAGGCAUGUUGCAUGGCCUUCACUCCACAAAGCUCGCCGACCCGCGUAAGUAGAGAAUCCGUAGGGCUAUCUUAUUUACUGAUUAAUGGCUUCGCCAGGGGCUUUAAAAUAAUCGCGACUUCACCGUUGCAAAUGAACUUUACACCAUCCAAAUCAUUUUAUUUGGAUUCAAAGGAAUUUGUUAUCCGUCCGCGUUCGCUGUGCUUAUUUAGGGUCAUCGGUUUAAUGACAUGAAUUGGUAAUGUUUUGUUUUGUACAUUACUAUUGUCGGACAACUUUGUUAAUUGAGCAAAAUUGCAAGACUGGACGUGAUGUUCGAUAAUGUAGCGUAAAGUUAUUUCGAACCUCACACCAAGAGAAAAGUUUGUUUACAUAAGAUGCAAGAUUCGAUCGUCCGAAUGUUUGGUUGACUUUUGUCGAUUUCCAUACCUAGAAACAUGCUCUCAAUACUUAGUCACGCGAUCGGGUCAGUUCGAUUGACAACUUUGCAAUCUUGCCUCAAGUAAUUCGUUCGUGACAAGAUUAAAAUGUUUCCGAGCUGAAGUUUAGCCGUCUGCUGCUUAUUUGUACUCCUUUUGGACUGAUUAACGACUCACGAUUUGUUUGGAUGAAGUUUGUAAAUAAAGUUUCAUGGCGCGCCUAUAUGGUGAGAGAGAUGUUGUUUUGGUAAACUAACUUCUCACCACUAGAAAGCGUGGGUUUGUUUUUGGGUCUUUACUAUAUCAGCAAACCUUGAAACAAGAUCCGAAUUUUCACCUUUGUUUUCAUCCCAUAUUCUUCCAUAAUCGUUUUUGGUAAAUUAAUACUCUUGACAUGUCUUGAGCUGUCAACGGGUCUCUUUGUUUGGUUUUUUUGCUCCCAUAACUUAAACCUCCAGAUUAAAAGCAUGAUUCAGCAGAACUUAAUGGGUUAAUGUGGGAAGCUCUACUUCAUUAGUCCUCAAGUUGUAUCUUAACUGUGAUGAUCUUUCAAAUGGAAAAAAAUAUUUAAAGAAGAUUUAAGAGUGAUUUUUUUCUCUAAUAUAAACAUUAAAUUGACCACUUAGUCUGGUUCAAACUUUUAAAUGACUGGGAUUAUUGGACUUAUUUUCUGCAGUUACCUCAGCAUUUUAAACUCACAGAUUCUCUUACAGCGAGCAAAGUAGAUAACAAGAAAAUAUUUGCAAAUCACACUUCCAACAAUAUAUUGUUAGUGUUACAGUAGCCAUAUAAGGUUUUUUCAUUCAAUAACAACGUGAUGUUGGUCCUGUGGAAAGAUUGUUCCUCACUUUAAGUGAUUUGAAAGGGCAAGGCCACUGCCAAACCCAUCAUAAUUAAGGUGAAAAAAUUUCCUGUUAUUGUACUGUAUGCAAGUGCAUUUCUGUGGCAGUAUCAAUCAGUCUAUUUUUAAUAACUUGCUUUGUACAGAGUUAAAAAUGUCAGGUGUUACUCAGUUAUUAAAAAUGUCAGGUAUUUACUCUUUUACGAUAUUCAGUUUGAUAAUCCCAGGGAUUUGCAUGUCCACAUUCUGGGAUAAGAGUGAAAAGAAUUAACUCUACAAGGGAUAUUUCAGGUACAAUUAUUACACUGUAACACCUUAAGCUGUUGAUGACAUACAGUACUAAGAUGUAUCAACUGACUCCAAAGAAGAAAUUUGUCACACUACUUGAUGUGUAAUUUUCUUUUGCCCGAACAAGGCCAAUUUUUCUGUUUGCUUGAAACCCGAAGCUCUAAGUUAAAUCUCCAAAGUUGUUGUACUAGAUUGGCAAAACAAACAGCACAACUGAGAAGGACAGCUGAUGGAUUUUAUGAAUGGUUGCAACAACAGCUUUCCUCACUGGCUUAAAUUAGACUGUGCUGUACUUGCAGAAAUGGUGUAUAACUAAUAGUUUGAUUACUUUGACUUUGAAAUGGAUAGUGUAACAUGCAGUUGCUGAUCAGUGGUGUUUUGUAGUGGCAUAAAAGUUUAAAGAUAGACACCUUAGAACAAAAAGAGGCUUUAAAAAGUCAUCUAAAAUAGGAAGGUAUUAAUUAAAAAUAACUCUGAAAUCCUUAGUUAAAGCACAAAAAGGUCAAGAUUAAAGAAAAGCAAAUUACUAGAAUUGUUGUGGCUGGUGGUUAAUUAUAAAGAUCAAGAAGUUUAAGGAAGUAUACAUUUUUGUCAGACAGGUGUUAGACAGGUAUUGUCUAGUACUUACAUUCUAGUGCAAGGCCAGUAUUUUACAACAGGAGUUUUUAUUGCUACUGUCAUACUCCAUAAGAAGAUUUAUUAAAACUAACUGGUGAUAUCCUGAUCCUUUAUUUUGAAAUACGCUAUAUAUAUAUAUGCUUAAAUCAAUCAGCAAUGUAUUUAUUAUCCCAUAGAUACAGCCAUGUUUCAUGAGCAUGCAUGUGUAGCUCUAACCUUCGUGCUUGUGUGAGAAAAAUCGUAUUUAUUGUUCUAUGGUGCAGCAGCAUGUGCUUUUUUGUAUUUUCCAUGAACAUUUUUGCAUUUGUAUUAAAUUGAAAGGAGUGAAUUCUUUGCCUCUGUGGCAGGCAAUAAUUGUAGGGGAAAGGCUGGAAUGGAAAAUAUGGGAGAACAAGGAUGCAACGGGCUCCUCCUCCCUCCAUACCCUUUAUGUACUUCCAUGACUUAAUUCCUCUUUUUCUUUCUGCUUCAAUUGCCUGCCACACAGCUAUGCUGGUGACACACAACCAGUGAAUCUUGUAGUGCUUGUACUGCACUAAUACUGCUUAAAAACUAACAUUCAAGUGGUCACACUGGACACAUUCUCUCUAAUUAUCAAUAUUACAAACAGUGUAACAGAGGGCCAGGGAAGCUUGCUUUUUCUCCUGACACACUAGGCAAUAUGUCACAGCAGUGAAUCUCACCUUGUGUUCAGGUCAGCUGACAAGUUGCAUGAAACGUUGCAGCGACAAAUUGCUGCAUGUGUAAUGAAGAAUUCUUGUGUCAAAUCCUUUUCUCCACAACCCAACAAGUUGCACAAAUUGAAUUUGUUUUGAUUUUGUGUAACUUGCUGGGAUGACAAAAUUCUGUUAUAUAAAGACAUUGAUUUCCACAAAGAUUCUGCAGUACAAACAAAGCAAUUUGUUACUGUGACUUGUUGCCUACUGUGUUUUGCCCUUCAGUGUUUCUUUGGUUAAUUUUAAUAUAUUAUUGUAUCUCCAUAUUGUAGGGUGGGGAGGUGAUAUUUAUUACCUACUCUGAUGAAUAUCCUUUGCCAGACAGUGGAGAUUUUUAUAUGGUAUUUGAAGGAAAAAAUCAGCGUCAUGUUACAACAGCACAGCAGCUGAAUGCAUUCACUCUCCGUGCUAUUGUGCCUGGUAAGUAAAAGAGUGAGUUUUAAGCCUUUAAGCCCGAUAUCCACAUACCAAUUCUCGAGACUGAUCACCAUACAUUUCCUUAAGGAAUUAGUUGAGAAAAUGCAACAAAAGAUCAAAGCUUUUCCCCUUAGGUGAUCAUUUUAAUACUUCUCAUAACCUUUGCUCUUGGUCAUGUAUUGAUGUUGUUGGGAGAAAACUGAUGUUAGUGAACUCUUGGGACUGCUAUAUAGCUCAAAAUAUUUAAAACUUAGAAAUGAAUUUUUUGCUCGAAUACAAAGUCAUCUCCAUAAUUUUCAGUAGCUUACUCGGACCUGGUGAUUAAACUUAUGAACUCCGAUAUUUAUCUUUAUUUACAAUAGAUGAAUUAUAUCUCAUUACUGAAUAAUUGGCAUGAAAGUGUACUGUUAUGUAAGAAUAAAUAAAUGUUACUUGGUUAUCUGUUAUUAAUAUCAUAAUUAUUAUUAUUUCUUUUUCUUUUCGUUCUCAUUUUACAUACCGUUUGCAAUACUGUAAAUAAUAAUAGUCAUGUAAAUAAAGGUUAUUGUUGUUGUUGUUGCUUAAUGGAAGUUCAACGGUAAAUGUGAAUGAAAGAAAUGGAUUAUAAUUCCCAAAGUUUGAAAGAAACUGGGCUAAACUAGCAUUCAAUCUUUAGCUUUGGUGGGGAUCAAAGCCAUCUAAGGCAGGUAUUAAAUAAAAUUAGUUACUUUGAAGUAAUACGUAAAUGAAGUAAUAAAUAGUAUGUGCUGAUAAAAUUCUUUUAUUUCUUUUAAUAGAUCAUGACCAAGCAGAGAAGGUGUCCCUUACUAUAUACUGUACCAAAGAUAACAAACUGGGGUCGCUAUCAUCGCACAAAUUUUCAUACUCGCUGGAAAUUGAACAGAUUAUUGCACGACUUUUGGCAGAUGGUGCGUCAGAGAGCAAGUUAUUUGAAUGCGUUGGAUCCUUAUCUGUCAUAUCAAAAAACUUUUCUAAGGAACUGAAGGACAUCCUAGAUUCCAGAAUAACAAAUGCAUUUGAAUUUCUGGAUUUGUCUCCUUCUUGGUCACUGUUUGGAGAAAAUGGCAUAGAAAAUUAUUCAAACAGAAAUGGUAAGUAACAAGAGGCUUAAAUCUUUGUUAAAUGCUGAUAGACGUAAUUGGUGAUUGUUGUAAGGAUUAUGUGGUGGUUUAGUGAUUUAAAGGGUGUAAUUAAUCUAGAAUGUACACUACUCCAUGGGGAACAUUUCCUCUGUUUUUUCCUCUGCAAAAAGGUUUCAGUUUCCCAGUGGUUGUCCAUUCCAGUGUACUAUGUGUUACAGGUCAAAACUGAAUUUGGGUUAAAUUUUUUAACCAAGGGUUACUCUCGGUAUCCAUUGUCUUCAAAGCAUAAAUAAUAUUAUUUCAGUCUUCUGCAAGUGGGUUUUCAGAGGACCCCUGGAUAUACCCUUCUGCCUAAGACCUUGGUUUAAAGUACUCAUUUGAUGGAGAAACCUGAGGCUGACGGUGUGCUCCAUUUACCCCCCCCCCCAUCCCCCCACCAUCAGUGCUAUGUUUUAUGGGUGUAUAAAGCUACUUAAAGCCACAGAGAAAGAAAAGAAGUUGAGACAAGGAUUUGUGGUCACACCCGGGAACCAAAUGUGGACCGUCCUGUGCAGAAGGCCAAGCACUAACACCACCAUCCUGCAGAAAACUGCAAAAGCUUUAUUUUACCAUGCUGCUUCCAAGACACCCUGAGUUUGCUGAUCAAUUUUUAACAAGUUACUUUUAAUUUAGGCCAGGAAACCCUGCUUCAUAUUUGUGCCAGACUGGGUUUCACUCAGCUGGCUACAUACCUGUUAGAUCAGCCUGGAUCUAUGGAGGCACUUCACAUGAAGGAUAAGGAAGGAAAAAUACCCGAGGAGAUUGCACGGGAAAAAGGAAUGACAUUACUUGCAGAUAUGUUUUCAAGGUAAGCAUCACAGUCAAAUCUCUUAAUACAGUGGAACCCUGAUACAUGACAAACCUCUAAAUAACGAAAACCACAGUAUAACGAACGAUAUAGUUCAGUUGUCCCCAAAAUAGUACAAUAUGUGGAAAAGAAACUAGAGUACGCUUGAAUUUCUAAGCAUUUGCGUGACGCGGCGUUUACAUGACCGCCAUUAGAGAGCUGUCAUGUAGGUAAAAGAAAUUUAAUCACUUAUUUCAGGGAAUUCUGCUCUCUAAACAGUUCAUGUAUUAGACAAAGGAUUACUUUAAUGUUUAUGAGUUCCUCGAAGAAUAAAUUCACGCUUUUGUAGCAAAACUCGGUAACAGAUGUUUCUGUUGGAUUCUGUCCGCUAUUGGUGCUCAUCCGGAUGGGUACCAACAUGGCGUCUCCAUACAAAUCUCUAUUAAUUUUGUGUAAACAUUUCCUUGGAUAUCUCGUAUACGAAAUAUUCCUCUGACCUGAAUCUUGGCGACGGUCUUUGUAUAUUUACCUCCUUUCAUUUCCCAGAUUCUAGACUUAAUCUAUUGAACGGUUUUGAUUUUGAUUUUGAUCUAUUUUGAAUGGUGUGACACCAACAACCAGCAAUUCCUUGAUUAGCUAUUGCAUAAAAUUCAAUUUACAAAGGUAAAGAUAACACUUAAAACCCUGGUACUGAGUCAAGAAGCGAACAUGCUACCUCAAUGUAAAUCGAGCUGUAAAGAACAAGCUUGUUCUGAUAAAAACUGGAGCAUAAAACCCUAUUCCUAGAUCAGCUGCUGCUUUAAACACAAUUUGUAAAGCAAACCAGAGCACUAAUAGCCCUUUCAAACUAGAAAUCAUAUUAAAACUUGCUCACCUGUUAGGGCCUCUUAAACAGAAAACAAACAGCUGCACAUAGGAUCACCCAAUUUCGAACCACUGAGUUGUAAAUACAGGAUCAUAACGUCACUGCCCAAAUACGGGGUCUUGCUUACACCUGAAUAUGUUCAAAAAUGCAAAUUUUAGAGGGUUAUGCAGAAUUUGAGAGUUUUUGCCUACAUUGCGUGGGAUUAUGAAUGUGCCGCCAAGGCAACCUCGCUUCUUAGCUCAAUUGCCUCGUUGGCAAUAAACUCAUAGACCAUAGACCACAUAAAAUGAUAAUAUUUUAAUAAUAAUAAUAAUAAUAAUAAUAUUUUAUUAUUAAGAAAAGUAGAUCAAACAGAUACAUACCUGUAGCUAGGCUGAAAGCCAAGCUUCCAAUUUUAUAUUCUAAAAACUAAAGUGUUAAACUAAUUGAAACUCCGCUAUUGGCUGUUGACUAAUAAGUGUGUGAAACAUCACUAGGUUAUAGUAAUACGCGGUAUGGAUUCUUUGAAGUUCUAUAAGAGUUUGGUGGGGGCUGAUAAAGAGGUCUUUGUAUGGCGCAUGAAGGCAUCUAAGUGCAUCAGUGCCCUUCAAAUUUUGACUGUUUGAUGAUUAAAUAGAACAAAUUUCGGAAUUGUAAAUUAUUGCCCAAUCCUAACUUUAUCGAAUUAUUGUCAAAAAGAGCUCUGAUGAUUGUUAUAAGCAACUAAAUGUUAAUAACUUUGUUGAAGGAAAAAGUCAAAUUUGAAUAACUCUAUGGCUCCCCCAAAAAUGUAUUUUUUGAAUAUCUCUGUGACAACAUUUUGUGUCAUGUAAGAAUUUAUACCUUAAUUACAACUGUAAUGCAUUAUAAAUCUUCUUUUAUCAUUGCCACGUACACAUGAAAGUGUAAAAUCAUGAACAAGAAAGCAAAUUCAAUUAGAGCUUAACACUAACAACAAAUGACAACAGCUAGGGGCAGAAAAGUUUGAUAUUUUUCUUAGAAGGUUCAAUUGAAAAAAAUUGUUUUAUGAUGCAGCCCCACAGGAUAACUGUUUUAAUUUUGUGUGGUUGUUUCUGUAAUGCCACAAAAUUCUUGCUGUCUAAGUGAGAAAGAAAGUCAGACAUGUCAGCUAUGUCGUGAUUGCACUAUGCAUAAUAGCUGUCACAGCUGCCAAGGCAAAUAAAUAGCCAGCAAGCCAGCCACACUGUUGUCCAAUUUUAGAUCUCAGCUUUCAGCUGUACAAGCAUUGUCAUAUUUGAAUGAAUGAGAGAUGGGAUCAUCACAGUUGUAUGUCAUGAUCAACCUUAGUGGUUUAAAAAAAAAAUACCCUGAAAAUGGUCAGAUUUUUUUCAUAACUUCUUAGGUUGAUGACUAAAGGUUUGGUGAGGAUCAUCACAUAAUUAUCAUUCAUUUUUUUGAUCCACUAUCCAUAAUUUCAGUUAUUUCACCCUGCAUUCUCUAUUAGGUUUUAUUAUUUUUUUGUUCAAUAUUUAUAUUUUGUAUUUGACAGAGGUCCUGGUGAUUGUCAAAAAAGGACGGUGAAGGACACCAGCAAACCGCAAGUAAAGAAAAGUGAAAUAGGAACCACAACAAUAUCAAGUUACAAGUCACCUAAACAGAACUCUCUUGGUAAAUAAACAAAAAUAUUUUUUUAAGAAAUGCUCAAAUGACAUGCAGUAGCAGGUGUAUGUUUUCUCUGUGUCCUUUGUUGUUUCUCAAACUAAGCAGUAAAAUCAUUGGAUUUUUGUAUAUUUUUAGACGCAGUCUGACACUCCAUCAGUGUACAUUUCAGCAUUUAUGUGCCAUUGUACUUAUAACACCUAGCUAUGUGAAAGAUAAAAAUUUAAGUUGUAUGCCUCAGUAUUGUACAGAUUGCACAUGUUUGAUUAAUGACCAGAUUCUAGAUGCUUGAAUUUAACAUCAGAGAGCUUUUAAAAGUUCCUUUUUUUCAGUUUUAUUACCUUAAUCCCGAGACAAAAUAAAGUACAGUACUGCUACAGGUAGCUUGUCAGAAAUCAUUUAUACCCAUCAUCAUUAUAAACUGCAGUGUAUGAAAACAGUUUUUGUUUUUUGCAGAAAAAGACAUUGAAAUGCUGCGAGACAUAAACUCUUUGGUUGAAGAAGAGGUAUGUGUUGUCAAAUUAUCCUUUCCUUGGAGGGAAAGAUGCUAAGUAGUAAAUUAUUGUAAAUAUCUUAUUCACAGUCCACUACUCCUCUCAGGGCUUUUCAGGGACAAUUUACAACACUUGUAGGGGGACUUUUGCCAGACUGCUUAUGGUGCAGUUUACAAGUAGUGAAGGAUGAGUAAUGAUGCCCCCAAUAUGUGAGUGUGAAUUAUUUGAGACAAGACAGCACAGCGGAGUCCCUCACUCUUUGGCUUUUUUAAGGUUCCACAAGGGUUUGAACCAGCAGUCUCUGGCUCAGCAGACGGGGGCUUAUCCAAUAGUUGAGCUAAACAGGUGGCUGUUAGUAGUAGGUGGUCAUAUUACCCACAAUUGGUUAUUGGUUGGCUGUGGCAAGUCCAGUCCUUGGGGUAAGGUUAAGGAGGUGCUGCCGUGCAAAAACAAAGUACCUCAGAGCCUUGCAUGCAGGCCAUGCUGGCCUUAAUUUUGACCUGAACCCUUGGUCCCUAUCCUAGAUCUGCCAAAUGACUGGGCAGCUGCUUGGAUCUUCAGUUAGAUUCCAGCAGUAGCAGCUGUGAAGUGCACAAGUUGUCAGUGUAUUAUGGCAUGAACUUUCUAUAUAUAGUAGAUAAAAGUUUGUGAUCUAUGUUUUUGUUCUGCUUGUCAUCAGAUGAAGAAAAGAAUUCCAAAGCUGCGUCACUCAUGGCCUAUAAGAAGAAAAACCAAGGAUGUCACAGGUCUGAUUGAAAUUUAAAAUAAUGUUUUAGAACUGUACCAAAACAGGUGAAUCAUUAAUGGUUUCCUAUCUUGUACUGAAGUGAAACAAGCAAAAUCAUUCAUUUUUUGCUUGAGUUGCAUUUUAGCUGAAAAUGUGUAUCUUAUCAACAGUGAGCUUAUGCAACAGGACGGGAGGAGAAAGAAGACAGCAAAACCUUCUGUGACAAGCGUGACGACUGAUAACAUGUUAGAAAAAGGUUUCCCUGAAACUUCGCCUUCCUUUUAACAGAUCUUCUAGUAAAGACCAGAACACAGUAAUGUUAAGUGAAUAUCGAGAAAAAUCACACAAGUAGUUAAACCCUGCCACAUUUGUCACACACAAACGUUUCGCUGUCCUCUUCUUUCUGCCAACAUGUUGUGUAAACUUGCUAAUCUUGAUUGAAAUCCCAUCAUCAUUAUUAUCAUCAUUAUUAAAUUGCUGUUACAGAAGAUGCAUCAAGUAGUGAUGAAGAAUUAAAGCAAAUUAACAGAGAGCUUUCACCAAAGAGGUUCACAAGUCAGCUGAACAGUGUGUCUACAGGAAGAAGCAGUGGUGGUGGCAAUAGACAUUUACUAGGUACAUAGUUAAAGUUUCAUGUGAAAUUUGGGCUUACCGCUUGAGUAGUUAUGGAAAAAUUUGCUGAGCUUCCCACAGAUAAAGCAAUCAUACAGUUAAACCUGGAAUUGCCUGGAUUUAUUCUCAACACUCCCAAGUGCAUUCCUUAGGCCACCCUUCUAAAUGGCCAACAGGUUGCCUCCAGUCAGUUGGGUUUCUUAAGCUCAUUUUGUGAAUUUUCAAAUGUCUGUUUCUGUCCUUAUUUGUGGGCCACAAUGUAAACUACUGGGUCACCAGAAAAUUGUGUUACCCCUGUCAAGCCAAUUUUUUGUACCUUAGUGGCACUCACUGGACCCCUGCUAGUGACUUGCUCCUCAAUAGAGGGUGUCUGCUAAAAAGGAGGAAUCGUUUAGGACUUACAAAAUAAUGCUUCUGUCUGCUAACAGACCCUUUCUGCAUUCCACUCCAGUAAGCACAUGUAAUAAAAUAAAAUAUUAAGGCUUGGGUGGAAAUAACCGAAGCCUCGAGUUGAUGUGAUAUUUGGAAAAUUAGAAGAUGUUUAUAUGAUAUGCUACUAAGUGUUCUCUACUCAUUCUCCCCUUUGUUUUGCAGAGCAAAAUCUUAAAAGACUGCGAGACAUCAAUGAAGAGAUACAAAAACUUCGAAUGGUUAACUCCCACAGAGGAUCUCGAGAGGUACACUGUGUUCAGAAGAAGAGUGCAGUUCUUAUAAUGCAGCUGUAAAUCAGCUGCUGACAUUUUUGUUUUUUUGGUAUUUUUAGGGCAGUAGAGGUGGAAUGCAAGCAAGGCAUCUGCGUCGCCUGUCUUGUCCAUCAUUAAGUGGGCAGGACAUCUUACAAGCUCAUAUCAUUGCAGGUUAGAAGGAAUCCCGUGUAAUAAAAUGUUAUUGUCUAGCUUAUGGGUAAAGUUGACACCAAACUUCAAGUCCUAUACUGCUCAGUAUGUAUUUUUUGUUAAAGAAAAGGCUUAAAAAAUGGAUUUCCUUGUUUUUCCUCUUUGCCUUCCGUGGCCACCAUGAUUGCAUAAUCAUGACAGUGUACUGGGGACGAAAAGGAUUAUUUAUAGGAAUAAAAUAUUUUGUAUUGUUAAAUAAAUUCUUCCUCUCAGUGUCAUUGAAAUGUGUGAGAAAGGUUUGGAGAAUGUGUCAUGAUGUAAAGUUUAACUUGGUUUACUACACUGACCUCUUUGAGAUGUUGAUAUUGGGUGUCCUGUGUUCAACAGCAGGGAAAGCCAAGGAGGAAAAGCAAAUUAUGAAUGGCACAGUUGAAAAAAAAGUGGAGAAAUAUCUCCCAGCGAGUGAUAAAAUACGAACUCUUCCAACAAAAGGAGAUACUCAGAGACAGGAGGAUUCUGCUCCAGCUUUAGACUCUAAACUCCUUUCUGUUGACGGUAAAAGUGACAGUGUACGGAGAGCCCAUAGCUGGGGAAAAUGCGACGAGGAAAGACCGGAAUUACACAAGCGGGUUAGCUCAAGCCUUGAUGAUUUGUCCAAGGAAGUCAAUGGCGAAGAAAAUAAAAAUGUCAAAGCUCGAGGGAAACUUGAUGUUGUUAAAAACAAGCGACCAGUGUCAUUAAAUCUUGAAAGACUUGAAUCGCCAAAGGAAGAGGCGAAUAAACUUGCAGACAUUUUAGAUUCAAUAAAGAAAGCUAGUGACAAGACCAAAUCGACAAGCAAUGUUUCUUUGGCGUCACUUAACGAUGUUGAUGUCAAUUUGAACAAUCAAGAAAAUGCUCUCUUGAAUCCGAGUAAAAGUACUCUCCAUACAAAGUCCUACUCGUACAGUUGCUUGGCAGAUCUGAAGCUCGGGGAUGAUGGAAAUCCUGUCGACGAACAAAAAACGGGGUAAGUUGCUUUCACCCAAACUCGUUCCCAGGGCUCUCUCCUUACGUAGAGACGGGUGGGACAGAACCCUGGAAACGAGGUUGGCCGUAACCUGUUAAUGUAUUACAGAGAUGUCAAAAUCUGGAUUCUUAAAUCUGGAGACCAGGGACCUUACGAUCCGACGACGGCGACGGCAACGAGAACGUCAAAAAAGUAAAAGGUUCUCCCUGCGCGGCCUUUAAUAAAAUAAUUUCCGGCGCCUGUCAUGCAGGCCAUAGGUGUAAUAAGCAAAAGACCAACUUGGAUGUACACAGGCAUCAUAUUUUUUUUUGUAUUUCUUUGCCGUCACUGCCCGACUACGACGUGAAAAUGCCUAGCUUCAUGUUUUAUGAAAGACGUAAAUAAGCGACGACAUCAUUUUCUUUCUCUUCGUGAACUUGAAAAUGGUUCUUGGGAGUUCAGUUCCAGGAGAGUUCGCCUACAUUUGACAAGAAAGUGUUAGAAUACUUGCGCUGAAGAUUGAAAAAAUGCAAAUUCACUUUUUAAGCGACAUUUUCGUUUCCGUCGCCGUCCUUGGAUCUUAAGGCCCUUCUGUCUCUUUGGUAGUACCUCCGAAAAAUGAUAUUAUGUUUAAUUUGAGUGAUUAGUAGAGGUGAGGAAGGAUCCAGGAAAUUCAAAACAGUUUGGGGUGGGGACACUUGCCAGCUAUCUAGGUACUGUUUCUUUUACUGAAAGUUCUUUAAAACUAAUACAAAAUUUCACAGAAAAAGGGAGGGGGAUGGUCCCCUCAGACCAUCCCUAAAUGCGCCCAUGGAGUACACUAAAAGGACCAGAACAGCGCACAUCCCUAACUAUUAGUACAGCCUCUUUAUUCAUUUGUGGUUGAUGUACCUGUAGGAAAACCUUGGUUAAGUGUUUGCGUAUUGGUCUUUGAAAGAUAAAUAAUAUUAAUGAUCAUGACGCAUAACGGCAAUAACUCAAAGCUCUUAACAGCCAUUAAUGCGUUGACAAUAAUAUUAACAAAAAUCCAACUGAAUGCCAUAAUGCUUCUAACUUUUAAUAAUCUCUGCAAGUAGUAGAUAUUUCGAGGACCGAGUUUGACAAGGGUUCCCCCUGUGAUUUGAGCUUGUCUUAUUUUAAGUCAAACAACAUUUGACUGAUCUUUUAGGUGAUUUGUCUAAUGUUCUUAAUGAGAUACUCUGUGUUUCUUUGUACGAGCAUUUGAACAACAAUCAAUAUAUUUACACACAGAUCUCAAUUUAGUCCUGAGGUACAGAAGAGGACUCUAACAAAGGCAGAGACCCAGUUAUCUUUGUACGACUUUCUCAAUGACGAGUAAGUUUAUUUUGAAAAAAAAAGAAAAGAACAGACUUGUUUUGUUUUUAAAGAUAUUGUUAUUUUUUGUGUAUUUUUUUAUGGAUAUCAAUAGAACAAAGAUUUUUGGUGUUGUGAGAGUUUGCUUCUCUAUGCUGGUUGAAGUCUAAAAAGGACAUUUUGCCAUGCAUGGAAAAACUAUGAUAAUUUUGUCCUUAUUGCUUGCUUGUUCCAACAUAAACAUCCUCGGGAUAGCCGACUUACAGACCAUUUUCCUUUUCCUCUUUUUUUUUUGGUAAGGGCGUGGGGAGGGGGGUGUGGGGGUGUUUUUCUCCAGUAUUUCUGUUUCCUGCCACACUAUUUAUGUCGCUUGCAAACUCGUUAACUUUUAUGAAGUGAAUAGAUGUAAUGGCUAUAGUAAAAACGCUUCUGCUGUUUUAAAUAUUAUUUAUUUUCCAGAUUUAUGGUUUCUUCUUUAAUCUUUUUAUUAAAAAUGAUACUUAAAAUAAAAAUAACAGUAAAUGUAAUUUGACAACAAAGAGCAGGUAGCGUUCAUUUACGCAGUACCAUUUUAGCGAGGGUUACGCAGCUUCUGUGACCAUGCCAGGCACUCGACCUUCAUUUAGUAAUUAAAUAUAGUUUUGUUGGCUGAACUUGAUUGUGUGAUAUUUAACUUAGUAGUUUUAUAAAAACAUGUUAAAAAACAAAAAGUAACCCCCAGGUAUAGUUUUGUUUAAUGAUACGGCGCCCUUUAAAAGAUUGAAAGCAGGGUCAAGUAUACAGAUAACGUUAAAAAUCAAAAGCCUUUCAGGGUCAACUUAAGACUCAUAUUCAGCAAUAUAAAGCUUAAACAAGGUUUAAAGGUUUAAAGGUGUAAUCAUAUGAUAAAGCAGUUAAAAUUUUAAGUACAACCUGUAAGUUGUUUUGUUUUGCCAUUAUAAUCUUGUUCAGUGAAAAAAGGCGUCAACUGCAUUUAAAUGCUAAAGCUGCGAAGAAGUGGUAUUCGCUGCAUGCUCUUGUAACCAUAAGGUACUGUAUAAAAAUAAAGUUUCUUUUUAAUGAUGUUUCUAAUGAUUUAAAUAUAAAAUAAAAACGAAAGUAGAAACAGAGAUGUCAAAACUUAAUUGUAAUGAUGUCUUAAAAUGUGUAACUUGAAGAACAGGGAGCAUUAGGUGAGUUAUUUUAUGCGAUACACGGGCGGGUGUGAAUCGUGAGGAAGUAGCAGCUCAAGUCACGCGCGAAAGAAGGAGAAUCAAGUUCCACGCGUGCUUCGUGUUCAGCGCGUUCGCCUCUUGAACGGCAUUUCUGCAGGCGGCUAUUCAAAGAAUAACAAUUAUUGAUUGAGGCUGAGUAUCAUCUGAAUAAUUAUGGAGAUCGAGGAGGAUAACACUCUCUGAGAUCUCCAUAAUUCUUCAGAUGAUACGAAAGCCGAAUUUAAUAAUUGUGUUAUUAUUCAUUCAAAAUAAUUCCUAGUUUAAAAACAAGCUAAAACAUGCUUACCUCCAUCGAUGUUAAGUUCUUCUUCGAUAGUGCAUGUUUAUCGGCAAAUUUAGGAGAUAAAGGGUUGUUCAGGUCUGCAAAUAUUCUCCAAGUAGCAGAUGUCGUCCGUCGAGUUGUCUUCCUGUUGUUCUUGCUAUAUUUUUAGCCAAUAGUUCGCCCAUACCGUAAAAUUCCGAAAAUAAGCCCGGGGCUUAUAUUUUUCAAACGCCCUUUUUGAGGGGCUUAUUUUUAGAGGAGCCUAUAUUCGGAGGGGCUAAUAUGCGUUUCAAAAUCGGCUAGGCUUAUAUGGGAGGGAAAUAUGCGUCUCAAAAUCCAUUGAGCUAGCUUGUAGUUAGAAGGACAUUUAUGUCAGUAAUUUGCACCAAGUUUUGACUGAAACUCACCUUGAGGACGUAGAUCUUUCUAAAACUCAGUCAUGCAAGUACUUUGUCUAUAUACGGACCGAGGAAAUCUAAGCCAAGACUGAAGAGUGAACUACGCAAACAGCAAUAUACUGUGACACUUUUUGACAGCAAUCAUUUUUAAAAUCGCUGUGGUUUAUGAUGAAGGUUACCUUAAAACGUUCAUUCAAAGGUGCUUCGUUUGUAGGAAAAUCAGAAACUCAAUUACUUACGUAAACGAUAAAACUUACUUCUUACUACUCCCUUACUUCUUCCUUCCCCCUGUUCAUAUUGGGAAAAGUACUUCGUUCUUUAAGUGGAACAUGUUGUAAUACUCCGGUUUUGUUGUCACAGGGAGGCCCACGAUAAAUCUCAAAACAAAUUGUCUCUAGAAGAGUUUCUGGGCGAACAGUAAGUAUUGAAUGGUAAUGUGCUUAAAGAGCUUAACAAUUGUUGGAUGAGGCUGAGUAUCAAUUCAGAAACGGAGAAAUAUUUUGAAUGAAUAGUAAUUAUUUCCGCUGCAGGGAUUUAGCCCAGAUGGCGAAAUCCCCAGGAGGCAUCCCAGUAGCUCGCUCGUAUAUAUAGAAAAGUUCUUACAGUUUAAAUAUACGGUCAGUACACCAGAAAAAAAAUCUCGAUUUUCUUGAACAGGGGCCGCGAGGAAUCGGUAGGUAAUGAUGACGUUUCUAUUGUUCACGCCCGCAAGUAUGAAAUGUUUAGGAUAGCGUCAAACAAAAUGCCCGAAGGGACCGCUUAGGUUGAUUUUGUAACUCUUAUUGUACAUCCUUACUUUGAUAUUCUUUUGCGUUACGUGUGUUCAGUGAUAUUCUGUGGAGCAGUUGUUUUGAAAGUUAGUCUAGCUUAUCACUAGCAAAAAUAUGGACGAUUACAGAAAUUCGCCGACAAAUAAAUUAUGUGCUGACGUAUUCCCUGCUCACAGAUGGCCUUCUAUAAAGGUUUUUAAAAAAGUAUUUUCUUAAUAGUUAAAAAGGACUAGAAGGCGCGGGCGUGAAUUGGUCAAACCUUUUAAUUUCUAAGGCUUACUUUCCGGCUAUUAAAAUGAGCUGUAUAUAAAAAGUGAAAUAGAAAUAGCGAAAAAUUACCAUUUCUAAUCGAAUCUUUUCUUAUAGUUUAGAAUAAAAUAUUCUCGAAAUAGGCUACUAAAAACCUUGUUGAUACGACCAGAUUUUCAUAGCCCCGGCCUUAAAGGGUAGUGUUUACUAGCGGGUGUUUCAGUGUAUAUACUUCCCUGCAAUGCUUGCUUUGUUUUAUUUUUCAGCGGCCCGGAAAGUGCUGACGAUUCAGAAGAGCUUGAAAAGGUGAGACAGGUGCCAGUAUUAUAUUUAACUAACGCGGCGGUUGUUUGCUGUCAGAUCAAAUGUGUCACAUUCAAUCCAGUUUGUAGUUCUGCAGCACAAUGGACCACUAGUCAUCUGUCAUAUAGUUGACACUUACUGGCAUGUUAAUGACUGAAAAUGUGGUCGUGUUUGUCAGCUGUUCUCUCGCCCAUAAUUGUGGCUGAACUGUCCUCUUUGUAAAGGAGUAAAAGGCUAGCUGGUCUCGUGGUUUUAUCAUGGACAUUUCGUAAUCUAAAGCCUCUUGCAAAACGGACGCAACAUUGUUGGCCAACAACGUCCAGUAUUGUUGCGUCCGUUUGCUCGCAGCUAGUUUGUUUGCGCUUUGACAAGCGACGCGAACGACUUCGUAAAUGUUAAAAGCGAUGCCUGAAAGAAGCCUCUGCUCGUAGGGUUAGCUGUCGUGCGCGCAAAUCCCGUCAGCCACCCGCGCAGCCUAUUUAUUUACGGAAGCGAUUCCAUGUGUGUUCUAAUUUUAGUGGGCAACUUAAUAUGCUGGUAAAGUGAAAGUACCUUUUUUGUUAUUGUUCUCGACCAAAAAGUUCUGAAACACGUUGGUAAAGAUAUCAAGCAAUCACCUCUGGAGAAAAUCGUCAGUUUUAGCGAUGUUUACACUAUGGUAGAAACAAAGUUAAAGGAAUUAGUUACGAUUUAUGCCCGCGCUGGUCAAUUGCUCGCCAAAUACAACUUUUGUAUCAUAUUGUCUUUCUGAUUGUAAAGUGCGUGGAUAAGUUACAGUGGAUCGCGCUGUUUUAAUUAUCACUUACGCUAAUUAUCAUAUGAGUUUUUUUAAAAAAAGAACAUGAAUAAGCGACCAGUUAUUCAUUUGCUUUGAUAGACAUUGAUGAACAAACUGACAAUCAUAUUCAAGGAGUGUCACUAUUCUGAUAUUGUAAUUUAAUUUGCAUUGAUCCUCAAGGCUUUUUUGAACACGCGGUUUUGAUGCGCUUUUUGUUGAUGUUUUUAAAGCGAUGUCAGCGAUAUAUAUGUGCUGUUUUUAUUCACACCCAUGAUAAAUUCUGCUGGUUUAUUUACAAUAGUUCUAACUUCGUAGCGAUUUUUAAAGAAAUGACAACGACAAUCGCGACCGCGAACCUGGAUUUUCCUUGUUUUCAUCCUGAAUUUUGUCAAACUUACCAUCUAUUUCAGGAGAGACAUGAAUCUAAAGGAAUUCGCCGAUUUAGCCAGCUGUUUUCAAGCAAGCAAAAGGUGGGUUAACUUGUUCGUUGUAGUAAUAAAAUGCUAACUUUUUAAUCGGCCGGGAUCAGCUUCUAUGUUAAUCUACGGAUAUUGCCUUGUCUGAAAAGGGUUAGCGAUUUGUCAUUUAUAAAACAGCGCCGUGAAAUGGCCUAUGUAAACAUUUUAACAACCACAAAUCACGUGUUUGUAAAAUCAGCGGUGCUGUACAUAUACUCGUGGAAUACAGUCCACUCGCUCUUAACAGACACCUCCAUAAGAUGGACAUCUCUCAGUGUAAAACGGACACCUAAAGUUGGCCCCUGCCUUUCGUUACUCCCUUCAUUUGACUAGAGAUAUCUCUCUAAGACGGACACUUAUUGCCGGUCCCAAAGGUUUCCGUCUAAGAGUUGACUGUAGAUUCAUUUCAUCAAUUACGAUGGUUAAAGCACACUUUUGUUUUUACCAUCUCGUGAGCGGUUGUGUUAUAUAUAUAUUUUUUAUUUUAGAUAAACACAGCUUUUCACUCUCAUUAUUCCGAGCCGGUAAGGUCUCGGAAUGAACUUAAGUGAAAGGUGUGUCAGUGUGUGAUGCAAUGGAUAAAUUUAGGAACUCUGGCGUGAUAUACAUCAAUUUCCUUUGAUCUCAUUGAUCGAGUUGUAGCAAUCUCGUUGCCAUGCUUUCUCUUCUUCUUGCAACGGAAAGAAGAGAGAGUUGCCUGGAACGAUGUCAGGUAAGUAGAGCGGGGAAGUUUAAAUUCAGAAACGCCUAGGGCUAUUUUUUCCGUAGUAUGUUGACUAGAACUUCUUGUAAAAAGUUCGGAACUCUAUGGGCUCUGAUGAAAAACCGAUCAUUGCCUGGAUAUGUUCUAAUCAGAUCAUUCAAUCAAAAUUUGUUUAUAUUUCAGCCAUUAAAGCGUGAACUUCCAAAGCUUCAGAAGGGGAAUUCUUCCAGAAAUAGUUUACGUAAAGACAAAUCGUUUGGUAAGUGUACUGUAUUUAGGACGCGAAGGGAGCAUGUUGCCUACGUGUUCCUCAACUUAUUUCUUUUUGAGACAUUAAGAAAGGGUGAAAAGUUCAAUUCGUAGGAUGUGAACAGUGGAAUAUACCCCUUUUCCCCAAAGGCGAAACGAACGAAGAAAUAAGUGUAUAAAUUGGGAUGUUUUCCCGGUUGUCGCCAUAGUGUUUGAUCACUCUUUACCUAUCCUGUCUGAUUAGGCUUACUCAAAAAAGGUCAAAAGUUUGACUGAAAUGCCAAAACACCUUGUACUGAAUAUGAUAAACAGUACCCACAGGAAAUUUCUGCUCCCCUGUAGCUUUCAUUUUAAUGUUCACAAUGUAGUCCGCACAUUCUUCAGCUUUGUGCAGACUAACCACCCGUGAUUAUGGUAACCUUGGGUGAUUUGUUUCCCAUAGCGAUGCGCAAUAAGGAUGGGGAAGAUAGCAAGCUUGUUGAAGGGCAGAAGACAGCACUCGGACGCAGAGCGUCGGGUGUAACAAACAAAACGUCCAAGCCUGGGGAACAGGUAUGUGACAAUCACGUGGCUUAUUAUCUGGUGUCACGCAACCAAGCUGUCAUCAGUGCCUAGAUGACUUUGUUGUCAAGUGGUUCAUAACUUUAUGAACCAAACAUUAUGCUUCGUUUCUCACGUCUACAGCAAAAUCCAUUGUUUGUGUUAUGGGAGUUCUGUUGUCAAGUUGUCCUUCCGGGAGUCUAGGUAGCCAGGUCCUGUUCUGGUGAAGAAAAUGAAAACAAACAAAACAACUAAAUUUAAAAGUUGAGAGUUAAGAGACACCACUGUUGAUACUGAAAGUGUACUUUACAUUGCCAACUUCAUCCCUGUUUUAAAGAUAGAGAAAAUUCGUGCAGUGUUUGAAUUUAUUAAGAACCAGUUGUUCGAAGGCCGAUUAGCGCUAACCCAGGGUUAAAUUUUAACCCGGGUCUCUUUUUCUUUUCAUCAAAAGAAAAUUAUUUUUAGAGUAGCCAAUUAGCAAAUCGUUGACAAAAAGAACGAACCUGAAUUUGCUUUUUAAGCUUUCAUAUCUGAAUUCAAAUUUCGAACUAACCCUGGGUUAUCUUAACCCAGCUUUGAACAACUCGGCGCUGGAGAAAAAAUUCAUAGUGAAUAAAUUUCAGGCCCCUCCACACGUAUCCGGAUAUUUUUGAAUCCGCAACUUGUUCUUUUCGGGUUAAAAAAUUUCCACGUUCACACGUAUCCAUAUUCAAAUCGAAUUUGCCCGUCCACACGUAUCUUGAUUCGCUCUAGUACCCAGGACUCCUCUGAGAAUAUUGGCAACAGAGCAUGCGUCGAGGUUGCCGUCUUGAAUACUAGUGAACUUACGCAACAGGACGGGACAGGAAAGAAGACGGCAAACCUUGUGUGACAAACGUGACAAUAAUUCUGCUUGAAAUAACUUUUCGCCAAACUUCACUGUCUUUUAAACAGAUCUUUUUGUAAAAGACCCGAAAACAUUGAUGUUAGUCAAGAUCACGACAAAACACGCAAGUUAUAGCCUUGUCACGUUCGUCACGCACAAGCGAUUUGCCGUCCUCUUCUUCCUGCCGUCCCGUUGCGUAAACUCACUAGUAUUCACGGUAAAGAACUAGGUUUAUCUUGCGACGUCACCGGAUGAAAAAUAUGCGGAUUUAGCGUCCACACGAUUCCGGAUUCAUAGCGUAUUCAAAAAUUUUCACUCUGGAAAGCGGAUUUAAAAAGUUGCGGCUGCGUACGCCUGAUUCACCGGAUACGUGUGGACGGAAGUCGUACCCGGAAGGAAAAAGUUGCGGAUUCAAAAAUAUUCGGAUACAUGUGGACUGGGCCUCAAACUUCCUGCAAAAAACUGGGGAUUAACUAGCGCUUGUUUUCUAAUUAUUUUAGGUGCCCACGCUUCCCAAUCCUAGUUUAUUAACACGUUCAGGAAGAGGAAAUAAUUUAUCAGCAAGAGCAAGCCUGCAUACUAAGCCGACCUCUCCUCUUUCGUUUAGAAGGUAAAUGAAAAAUUAGUAUGAGGCGGACUGGAGACUUUUUACCGAACCCUCUAAACUCAGUCAGUAUAGCAUGUUAGUCCAACAUUGUCCAACACUGCUCAAUGCAAAAUGCUGGGCCAACAUUGUCCGACACUGCUGGAUGAAACCUGUUGGGCAAUCAUUGUUCAACCGUUUUGGAUGCAACGUGUUGGACAGUCAUUGCCCAACACUACCCGAUGUAACAGGUUAGGCCAACAUUGUCCAACACUGCUGAAUGUUACAUGUUGUACCAAUUUUGUGCAACACUGCUGGAUGCAACGUUUUGGGCAAACGUUGGCCAACAUUUUUGGAUGUAACAUAUUGGGCCAACAUUGUCCUGCACUUCUGCAUACAACCUGUUGACUCACCUUGCCCAACAUUACUGCAGUGCAAAAUGUUCGGCCAACAUUGGACAACACUGCUCAGUGUGACAUGUAAGAUCCUCUUCAAAACCUUUUUGGGCGGUGUUAAAUAUUGGGGCUUCUUUGAAACCAGAAUACAGUUGAAAGCCUUGUAAGUGACUACUCAAAAUGCUAAGACGUAAUAGUGGCGUCCAAAAUUGACUCAAGGAGGGUCUUUUCGUAGUUGAGGUCCCGUUACGUCUGCCGUUUGGAAGAUAAUUAAUUGCACGUUACGAUGGGCGCAGUUUCGUGUUGUCACUAUAGGUUCUGCAUGUCCUCUGAGUAGCCUAGUCAUGACAUACAGCAAGCACAGAAAUCAGAGCAUGUGUGAAGCGGUCGCAUACACGAACUUAAAAACAGUGGAAAAUUGUCAAACUGCAAACCGCCACCUCAAAAAGAGGUUCCAUCUAUCAGGCUUUAACUGGGAAAAUGGUGGUAUUUUGGAUGGUUCCUACGUGGAGGUUAAUUCACUUUGAUACGUAGGCGUACGACGCUUAUCCCAUGAUGCUAUCACGUGAUCGUGUAGUUCAUUACUUUUUGUUUUUACUUAUAAAGCAGAAGCUUUACGAUGGAUGAAGAGAAUAAGGAGAAGGGAAAAGAUAAAGGGAAAGACAAAGAGUGAGUGAAAAAAAAUGAAACCUGGUGAUCUUGAUAUAAUCGACUUUUUUCAUGUUCAUUUCACUCAUUUGCAACGUAGCUGUAUGCGUUAUGUCGGACGUAACGCUACAGUGCUUAGCUCUGCGUGGUCAAACAUUUUGCGCGCUGUUACACUGUGUUGCCAUCAGCUCUAGUGGCACAUUUUCAAUGAACCAUCACUGAACCGUCUGUUUGCUUACAAUUCUCGUUCAGUUUUAAUUUUUUCCCCCUUGUCUAUUGAUUUUAGUCCCGGUGUGUCGCCCGAUGUCUCUGGAGAUGACGAGGAUGACGAUGAAAGCGGUGGGUAUCCUGUCAGUCACUUUACAACCCAAUCACUCGUAAUGUGAAACUCUCCACCUACUCCUCCCUAAGAAAGCAAUUUGCCGUAAGUGAGAUGACAGCGUUAACGUUAGGGGGACGGGGAAAGUAGUUCAAUUUCCCCAAAUCACACACUUUGAUCGCUGACUCUUUGAAAUCUGUUAUCUGUUUGCUGGUACUUGCACUAACUAAACGAAUUAGUUAUCUGAUUGGUCUGUUUCGAGAUAUUUAUUAACGGCUGGUUAUAUUUUUUUGUUCCAGAAAUUGGUCUUGAGGUAAGUUGUCCCUUUAUUUGUUCUGCCGUUGUUCGUUCACUCGUUGCUCCUUAACAUGUUAAUUGCUGCACUUUGUAAUUGGUGGAAACGUCUUACGCCACUAUGCGUGUUUUUCCGCCCUUUGCGCCUGCUUCAUAUAUUGACAUGUGAUCACAUUGUUUCGUUUGAUACGUGAAAUGUUAAUUGAUGUAUCUAGAUCGUCAUACUUGAUGUGAAAGACUUCAACCCUUUCCUUAGAUAAUGUAAGAUCAAAGAACAUUAAUGCCAUGUUUUAUCUCGUACAUUUUUUUUUGCAGUGUCAAAAUGAUCCUAGUCUUGAAAUUAAAGAUGAACCAGAGGCGUGGAGUGUCACAGUCGACAAGAAGGUACCAGUACCAAAAUAUUUUUACACUUGCUUUUUAUGCGUUGUUUUAAACUCCAUUGCCUGUUUUCCAGCUUGCUAAAUUUUUCAGUGCUAGGAGAGAGCCAGCCGAAUAUCAGGGAAAAGAGGGAAACUUAAUUUGUAGUUGUAGGCAAAUUGUCCUGAAGUUGAGUGCGUAGGGACCCCGAUCUAAUUUCAGAAGUAGAAAGGAAAAUUCGUUGGCGUGUCUUGACGCCCUCCAUAGAUAGUCGUGCAUGGUAGUGAUGGAGAAGAAAUAUACAGCGAUGGACGGGUAGAGUUGUUGUUUUAAUGUUGUUUGUUAAAGCUUCACCUUUUUUUACGGAAAUUUCUCGUCACAGUCGCCGUCCUAGUUGUUUCAGCCCCAUCACCAGAAAGCGACAGAAACUUCAUUUAACUAAUAAACGCUGUUUUCGUCAUCAAUUAUAGAUUUUAAAAAAAAUGACAGCUAAAGAUAUCAAAAGACAAGAUGUAAUUCACGGUAAGGCCGAAUGAUUGCUUACAACCCGGGAAGGGGGGGACAUUUAGGGGUAGUUUGGGUGGCGGUGUGCCCCACGGCCUUGGGACCCUCAUUCUCGUUAAGACGAGACAUUUUGUUUUGAUGACUUUGAUUUAAUUUGUUUCGCAUACAAAAGUAUUUUUCAAGUGACCUCAACGAAUAAGAUUUUAAUUAAAAAAAAACUGGGAGCAAUACACAUGAGAACUGCGCACUACCAAGGUUUACAUCCUGUUCGAGGCGUCUGGUCUAGGAAAACACCCUGUUCAAGACGCUAAAUUGAGAAAUUGUAUUCCUGGGACCCUCAAAACCAUACCCCGUUCACAUACUCAUUUUGGCCAAAUAAGGGAGUGUCUCCAGGAAGAAGGGGGUGGGAGGGGGGACUUUUAACCGGGUUUAUAGCUGUGAAGCGUUCCUCUUUAACUCCAAAAACAGUGACGAUUGUAUUUGUAAGUUUCCCAAAAAAAGGUUUUUAAUGAAGAAAGGAAUCUAAGAAAUUCUCCCUUGUGUACACAAAAUUUUGAAACGUAAAUGGUGCUGUAGAGGUUUUCUCAAAACAUGUAAUCACACCACCGGAAUUAUUCACAGACUCAAAGAGUUCGAACUACAAACUGAAUAAAUAAUGCCAUGUAAAAGUACUGCUGAAGAGUUAGCCUGCGUAUCAGGCGCUCGGAAGUAGUGGGCGAAAGAGAAAGCGGGCGCGCGCGAGGGAGACACGCGAGGGGUGUCUCGCGUGUCUCCUUCUCGCGUGCUCGUUUUUUCUUGUGCUCACUACUUCCAAGCGCAUGCUACGCAGGCUACUGAAGAGUUUUCAUUGAAAUGGCCCGACACCAUAGGAUUUCAUGUACAGACUCUAAAGUUAAAACUACCUACUAAAUACAUAAUAUCAUGUGAAAGUACUGCUGAAGAAAUUUCAUGUGAGUGAUCACAACAUAGGAUUCGUUCACAGUCUCAAGAGUUAGAACUACCUUAUCGUCACUCCAUAGUAUAUUUUAGAGUAAAAGUGUCCCUCUGUUUGGUAUAGAGCAUUCCCUAAACCAACUUCCACACUUCUGUGUGUGCUACAUAAUACUUAUCCUGUUGUGUGUUAUGUUUCUCUUAGAACUGAUUCAAACUGAAGUCCAUCAUGUAAGGACUCUAAAAAUCAUGCAGAAGGUUAGUAUGCCUUUCAGGCUCUUAUCAUGCGACGUUUUUGUAAGUUAUGGCUGCAGGCAACAGGGACUUUUUGAUACAUAUGCAUUGCUUUUACUUAUUAUUAGUGUUGCUCAAUUUUGCUUUUUUUACUGCUUCUUAUGUUUUGGAAAGAGAAAAUACAUGUUCUGUCUUCAAAGAGCAGGUUACCCACGCAACGACCUGUCACUGACUACAUUCAAUAGGAGUAGAAGGUGUAAAACUCACCGCGAAUACCUACUUUUAUCUUUUCAGAUAUUUUACAAGGGAAUGUUGAAUACCUUGAAUAUGCCACAGGAUACUGUCGAUCAGAUAUUGCCGAGGCUUAACGAUCUACUACAAAUAAACGGUAAAACAUAUAUUGUUAAAACAUAGUUGAGAUUGUGUUAAACAAAACCACUUUUUAGACUUCGCGUAAAUGACACACCCUAAGAGUAAAAGAAAUGUUACUGCAGACAAACAUUGUCGAAGUUCUUAAUCGCUUUUCUGCAACAACAAAGCUUUUAUCAGUGCCGGUGCUGUUCACGGGGAUACCAUGAUAAAGAGUUCUUGGUUCAUGCUUUGGUCGUUAAAGGACACAAAUCAGACUCGGACUAAACCAUCUAUUUAUUCCUCAUAUACUUACCGAAAAGAGGUGUAGCAGUUAGCUGUGACUAAUUCUCGCUUUAUUUUUUAUUUUUCAAUCUAGGAGACUUUUUGAAUCUCUUGAAAGCAAGCGAAGGAGAAGAUACUGUUGUCAAUAGCAUAGGAGAUGUGUUAGAGCAACAGGUUAGCAAAAAACAACUAGUAGAAGAUGAUUCAUCUUGUACAAGAUUAAAAAAACAGCAUUUAAGUUUUGACUUUAGAAUUGUUGCAUUGAGGGCAACUGCUGCGCAGUUGUAGAGAAAACAUCUGAAGUAUAAUAUCUGUCGGUGAACUGCAUAUCGUUUAUUUUAUGAUGAAUGGAAUAACAGAGAAUAGAGUUUCCUUUGUUUUUCUUGUCCAACUUUAUUUUGUUUUCUCUGUCAUAUUCUAUAGUUUAGUGGAGAAAACAGCGAAAAGAUGAAAAGCGCUUAUGGCGAGUUUUGCAGCAGCCACAUGGAAAGUGUGGAGCUUUAUAAGGUAUGAAUGUGCACCUGUUGUUUGAAUGGAGCGUUUUAACUUGAGGUUAAAAUAAUUUCGGCACUGCUUUUGACGCUGCCAUUGCUUUAAAAAACAUUGCACCAAUUCUGCAAUAGUCUUCCAACGAAGGUAUUAUGUCAUCACGCAACACUCUAGCGUUGCGUGACGACUCAAAGAACGGGCGCAUCAGAGACUACUUUUUUUAACCAAUCCAAAACCCCACAAUUCAAUCAGUCGUGAGAAGCUGGCUACGUGUAUUUCUUCUGAUUGGUUGAUUAUUUGGGAAACAAUGCGUAGGUUGUUGAAGUAAUUUCUUUUCUUUUUUCUUUUAGAAAUUAAUGCAGAAAGACAAGAAGUUCGCAGACUUCAUCAAGGUAUGUUUUAGGAUGAAAUCUAAUUUUAUUGUAAUAAAUAGGAUUACUUUAAGAUUGUUAUAAGAUAUGUUGUGGCUGGACACAGGUCAAUGGUUUGGUAAUGGCCACCUUUUUAAAUAAAAAGGACCACAUAAAAGUAUAAAUUCCUGCAACCGGCUCUGAUAUGUGGUCUCUGAGAAAUAUUAAUGAAUGCCUAACUUAGCCUUUAUUUGUGUUUACAUUUGAUAGGAAGCACGAUAAAUAAAACGAGUUUAAGGUUUGGAAAAGAUGUGCCCUGACUUCAUUGUUUGUUUUUGCAGAGAUGCAAUCUGAACAAGCACACUCGGCGACUAUCUAUCCCAGAGUGCAUCACGCUCAUCACCCAGAGACUUACAAAGUAUCCGAUACUUAUUGAGGCGAUAGUGAAAACUACAAAAGGUAGGUCAUUGUAUCUUUGAUAGCUGUGUUUUGAACCCUUUGGCCAGACAUACAAUCUAUUCUUCGUCAUAGAAGGGCUUGUGGCGCUUCUAAUGCACUCAUUUUGCGAGGCGUUUAACGGAGUUUGAUCUUUUUUAUUUGUUUCCGUUUUCAUUUUAGAGUCAAAGCCGGAUUUUACGUCGCUGAAGAAUUCAGUCACUCUUGUUAAGGUAAUAUGAGUUAGGGAAUUGACUCCAUUGACAGAGCAUUACAGGGGACACAAAAAGAGUGAAUAGGAAUUUAUCAAUUCGUUUCAACCUCGUUCCCAGGGUUUCUCUGUUGCAAUGCUUUUUUUAUGGCGACAGCCUGUACUACGACGUCAUUUUACCGGAAAUUUGGCUAACGGUAGCUGGUUAUGAAGAAACAGCCAGGUGGUGUGAGCCAAUCAGAAACGGAGAAGUAUUUUAAAUGAAUAAUAGUACUUUUUAAUAUCCAGCCCCGACUUUCCGGGGCGCAAUAAUUUCAUAUGACACAGUGGAGUUCAGAAUGCAUGUAGGCAGAUUGCACUCAGAAGGUAGUUUUUCUUUGACUGAUAAAUCCUUUAAAGCUCAAUAAUCUCAAACAAAUGGAAAGCAGGCGAACAUUAGGAUUGAAAUCUAUUUCAGGUAACUUUGGCUCUUCUAUGUGGCAUACAGUGAUACAUGGCAUCCUUCGAAAAAGUCCAUUUCGAAAGGAUCCUGCCAUAAACUGCAUUUUUUCCAAUCAGCACGUGCACCGAAAACGCGUUGCAUUCAUAGGAUUAGGUAACUAUAUUACUUCCUCUUUGCACAGGAAAUACUACAAAGCGUGGAUCAAACGAUAAAGGAUUAUGAAAAACAAAAGGUAUGACUUUGAGCAAUAAACUUUUCUCGAAAAGUUCACCAUGAUACAGUAUUUCAUUAAAAAUACUUCCCUUCCGUGAGCAGCUUUCACUUGUAGUAAAUCUUGGUAUCAAAAUUUACCACUCAGUAAGGUUUACCACUGUUUUCGUUUAUUGAACUAUAGACUGAUCACUAUAAUGAAAGUGUGGCAGUCAACUAAGGGCUUGUUUACAUGGAAGUGGGGGACCUCAGGUAGGUGAGGUAACCCGCUUAGGUGGGGUAACCCGCCUGUCCAUAUAAUCUCUCAUUUUAAUUUGAUUACGUUUAAAUGAUAGGUGGGGUGACCAUAUGAGGGAUUCUAUGGACAGGCGGGUUACCCCAGCUAAGCGGGUUACCUCACCUACCUGGGGCCCACCACCUCCAUGUAAAAAGGCCUUAGAAGUCAUAACAUUUUUCUUCCUGAAUUCUUCUGAUACUUGUUAACUUGUUCUUCUUCAGCAAGCGCAAGACAUGAGAAUGAAACUGGAUUUAAAAGUUACUGUUACAUACGGGAGGAACGGAAAAAAAGUCAAGGUAAGUCACGAGACGGAGGCACCAGCUAAGGCACCAUAGUUUUGACCCUGUAGAAUACGUUUUUAAUUUUGAAAGAAUUAUAACGAGAGCAACGACAGUACCAAAGUAAAGUAUUACGAAAAACAAACGACAGCAUAAAAGAGGUACCAUUUGCCAGGGUCAGCCACGGUUUUCGGUCGGUCAUACAGUAUACAGGGGUCUUUAAAAUUGGUUAUACAUUAUCGUUCAGCUCAAUUUAUCGAUAUCGUUCUUGAGACGGCAUAUUGCAGAAAGGUUUGGUAACUCGCUAGGGUUUACUUAAGAAACUUCUGUUUAUGUAUGUUGGUAUUACACUAAACCUCCACCGACUGUUACAGUAGUUGUACUGCACGUAACUUACUAGCGUCUGAUUUUGCAGAAUAUUGACUUGGCAUCCAACACGAGUAAGCUUAUCCAUGAUGGUGUGUUAUUAUGGAAGACAGCCAAAGGAAAACUGAAUGGUAUGUACUCUGUUAUCUAUUGCCCUAGUAUAACUGUGCAGAGUUGUUGUUUUACUUAUAAAACCUUUUGCCUUUUUUGACGUUCUCGUUGCCGUCCCUGUCAUCGGAUCUUAAGUUCCCUAUUAGUACCCUGGAAUGCUUUACGAGGCCUUUAAAUUAUAGUGCACCACUUCAAUAAUGAUGAACAGCAAGUGCGAUUUAAUUUUGCAGAAACAAGAGUAUUGAUCAUGGAAGACAUGUUGGUUUUCUUGGAGGAAAAAGACAAAAAGUACAGUUUACUCUCACUUGACCAAAAGGUAAUAAAGUGUUAUGUAUUGGUUAGCCUGAAAAAAACAGCUGACAUUUCGCCAUGCCAACCGUUUUUUAACCAAUCAGAAGCACUACUCAGACCUGCGUUGUGACACGUCAGUAGACAGUAUGGAAUUUCUGCGCGCGUUCCUCAGACGUCACGUGGUGGAGAAACCAGUGGAGGCGUCGCGAAAUGGCGGCUGUUUUCCCAGGCUAUGUAACAGUCAGCCAUCUGAUCUUUAUAGGAGUUCGAAGUGGCUCAGUCACCUUAUUUUACAUUCACACUUGGCUGUCCCUGCACAAUCUUCUUUCACCGGGGGUUUCUGUCAGCCUGCAACUGGUAUCUAUUUUGUGCCUCGCUUUGUAGUUCAGCUCAUCUUCAAUAGGUCAUUUCUGAGUUCCAAAAACUCUCACUUUGAAAACGAGUGUGAAAAGGAGUUCUAUUUGCACGACAAUAAAACUCAUUUUCAUAACAAUGGCUUCGCACGCAGCCUCGCUUUGAAACAGAGGCUUGGAGCAGCUCGGAAAUGGCCUAUUCUAGUCAGACGCGCUAGUACAGUUAGUAAAAGUAAUGCUCGAACUGUUUAUAACUUUUAAUUUUUUACUUAUACUUAUGUGUGUAGUUUGCCCUUCCUUUGUUGCCUGAACCAAACUUUUUUCGUUUUGUUCACCAGGCACCAGUUAUCAGGCUCAAGAAUUUGAUGGUGCGAGAGGUAGCCACGGACCGAAAAGCCAUAUUUCUUGUGAGCACCAGCCUGCGUGGACCCGAGAUGUACGAGAUAGUUUGCGAGUCCCCAAGUGAAAAGAAGCGGUACGUAUCUAAUCGGGGCAAUUCUAAGGGCUCCUAACCUUGCUGUUGAUUAACUUGUUACCUCUUGCCGUGGCUUAAAGUAAAAUUCAAGAAAUGGAAAUAUUUUAAAAGGUCACAACAUAGUGUUUCAUCCGCAGACUCAAAAGUUACGACCACAAGACAACAGGAAAGUACCGCUCAGCCGCAUGAGAGUUCAUCCUCUCUUGUCAGUAGCUUUGAUUCAAAAGUAGCAUGUUCACAAAUCCUCUAUUUUCUCUUUGGAGAUCGUCGAGUGCGCAUAUGAAAAUAAAAGCGGCGAGGGGUCAUUGAUCACUAGUGCAAGAGGGUGUGGUUUCCUCGGGGAGAAAAAUGUCUGUGGACAGCCGGGCUAAUUUGAAAUUCCACACCAUAGCAUUUCAUCUACCGACUAAAGAACGACUUCACUUGCGGUUGAAAAAUGUCAGGCUGCGUUUGACUGCUCUUCUCUAAACUGUCAUCGUCAAAAAGUUCUAACCUAGCUUCCUCUUCAUUAUACAUAUACACAUCUUUGUCAUAAUACCAUGGGCUAUUUGCACGACGAUGUCAUUUUUACUACUUCGACCAGAAUCCUAGUCGUUUUUCGUUUCGUAUUUAAAGUUGUUAAUCCCAGUGAGGUUUUAAAUAACAAAACCCUACUUUGCAGAAGCAAAACCCUGAAGGAUUCUGGUCUUAGUAGUAAAAUGACGUCAUCGUGUAAAUGGACCGAAUGGCCCAUUCUGGGACUGUUACUGGGGACAGCGAAAAAAUUAGCCAAUAGCUGACCGGUGCGUCCUCAAGUUUGAGUCCAGAAACAAUUGCGGGACACGUUUCGGCUCAAGUCCCCUUCUUGUUUGUAACUGUCUAGCUGCGAGGCUUAUGUUGUUAAUCCUCUUUAAUGUCUGCUUGUUGUUUAAAGGUGGAUGGAUAUAAUUAAAGAUGCAGCAGCCAAAGCCCCCGCCGAAGAUGACCGUAAGUAUUGUUAUACGGUUGAACCUCCAAAAAGCGGCCAGACUUGUAGAAAACGUGCUGCCUUCGAGAGCGGCUAAAACCGUGACGAAGUGUCCUUGAACUGGAGUUGUCAGUUAGCCAAGGUUGUUCUGUAUUAUGUUAUACGUUAUGUCUUUCAAAAGGCCCCGGUUGUUGAGGAAAUAGGACAGGGCUGUCACUAAGAUUUCAAGUUGCCGGGUAAAUAUCACAAGUAGGCGGCGAAUCAAACAGCUGGGGAUUUCUUUUGGUUCUAUUUUUCAAUGAAAGUAGCCGGAGGAAAUCCCCGACCCCGCCUUUUAAUGACAGCCCAGAAAUAGAACUUCUCUAAACAGUCCAGACUUCUUUGCUUCUUCUCUGCUUCGCUUUAUUCAAUUUGGGUCGGUUUUCUUCAUAUUGUAUGUUCGGGUAUUUAUCGUUGUUGCCGGAACAGUGAAGGUCAAACCAAACAAUCCAGAACUGAUUUUGUCUCUGCUCCUUUUUGCUUUCAACUUUUAACAAUUGGCGACAUAUUUGUACAACACAGCCCUGACUCUCAUUUCUCUUUUAGAACCAGAAGACGGCCUCAUAAGAACAGCAACGGAUGAACGACGAAAGUUCAUUGUCCGAAGGGCCAGUGUAUUAAUUGGUUAGUACAGUGUUGCAUUACUUUAUGCGUCUUGCGUUCUCCGUCUUUGUUUGAAGGAUGUAGCAACAAGUUGUUUUAUAAAGUACGUUUCCUGUCUUAACUGUUCAAGUAUAUUUUUUUAAUCGCUUUUGCAGAGCAAAUUCAAAACAAGGAGCUUGAAGACUUUGACAGAGGGAAAAACUUAAGUGAAAUGCAGGUAUGUGAAACAUAGUGGACGUGUGUCAUGAAUGUCACGCAAGCCCGUUCAGUCUUUCAGUCAAAGCACCGAUUUACUGUUACCCCUUCAUUUGUGAGAAGCUGUGCAUUGAUUAUCAUAUUAGUUUGUCCUUUUCAUGUCAAAAGCCGAUUUUCUCUGAUUUUUGUUUUCGUUUUUGUUUUGAAGGAAUUGGUCAGUCAAAUAGAAUCGCUGCAGGAUAGUAAGGUAUAACAAGACAGAGUGUUUCAUGAGUUGCUCAUGCCGUGUUGAUUUUCUUUGUUAUUUGACGAUUAUAUUUUCUCUUUUUCAGUCGAAAAUUGAUGCUGAAAAAAGUAAAGAGUUGGCAAGGGCUAAGUACGUUCAUAAGCCAAACUACAUUUUAUCAUAUAAACUUACUGUAAACCAUUUUGCCCCUUCAAGCAUAAGUUACAGAAAAUUUAUAUUACAAGUGCACAAGUUAUUAGUUUCAUCGUUUUAGGAAUCCCAUUUUUGUUUAGCCGCUCUAAUUAGCAAGGUUGGAAAAUGCUUAUGUGACAAUAUUGCGGAUCAAUUUGCUACACCAAACGCUGAUGCAUAGAUUUUGAUUUUAAUGAUUAACGUAUCCCAGUUUAUCAAGUGCACCGCAAAACGUAUUGAGCAUUCUACUGAAGUGAAUUCCCACGAACUCAUCUCCGUGAAUUUUGUACAGUAAUAGAAAUACAGAGACAUUCUUAGACAGCUACAAGUCGACCUCUUAAACUGCCCUCAAUCCUCGAUCGAGAUUAGUCUUUAAAGCGAGCGCAGCGAGGUUACUGGGGUCCGAGCGAUGCGAGUGCCGGUGCGAGUGACAAAUUAUGCGACCAACCAAAAAAAAAUUAAAGGACUUUAAGAAGGUCUACGAUGACCUGGUCCAAGUGGAACCCAUUUUUUUAAGGUAACAUGCACUUAGGUUCUUCCCAUUUUUCUGUGAAACGGAGGAUGUGUAUCUAGACACGAAGUUCCGUGGGUGUCCUUCUGAUACAGGUUUUACUUAAAUAACAAUGAUAGUGAUUGGGAAGCUUCGGACAAAUUCGUCUCUGAUCGCGGCGAACAAAAGGACCGCGUUUAAAUUCAUUUUUAUCCCUGUGUUGAAGACAGGCAUGGGUGUGAACGCAAACAGAUAAAAACAAAGCUUGAGUGUGAUUGCAAAGGAAUAUUCUUCAACACCGACAAAUUCUUGAAAAUGACGCAGAGAAUUCGGAACCCGUCUUGAUCCCUUCAUCAUUGAAAGGUCUGUGUAACUUUCAAGAAUUUGUUGGUGGUAAGGAAUAUUUCGUUGCGAUAUAAUGUCCCAACAGUUGAAUCUUCAUUCUUUAAUUGAGUAUAAUUGUCUUUUGUCCUCAGGGAGUCUCUUGUCACAGCUAUCCAGCAGGUGUCAUUCGAUGGUGCCUCAUUAGAAGAGCCCCAGAGUGAUACCCGAGGAAGCACCCCAUCGCUGGCCGUUACUGGACCCGGGUCAAAUGGUCCUAAGAGGGCGGAGACGUUCAGUGGGUUUGAUACCAAACUCAAGCCUGAUAACAUCAACCGAGCCAGUUCAAUGAGAGCUCCCGAGAGACCCGGUAUUGGGUUCCCGUCAAGGCAAGUUCCAGGUACGAUCAGUCCCGUGGUAGGGAGCCCUAAAGUGAAACACAAGCGGAGAGCUAGUGGAGGAGUCUUGCCCUUCCUGACCAAGAGUAACAGCAAAGAAGACAAAGAGCCGGCUGGGACAACAGGUAGGCUGUGCACCUCGAAACCCGUUAAGACCCGCCUCGGGCCUGUAGACUGCAAAACAGUCGGGUUUUUUUCAAAAUCAGUAAAGAAAUCGGGAAAGCGUGGCGUAAGAGUCGUACGCGCGCGAAGCGCGCGAGCCUCACACGCCCGUAGGGCGUGUGAGGCGAGAGAAAAAAACCGUAUUUUUGCGUCUCUCCCCAGUCUCGCUCUCUGUUUUCAGCCUCGUUCCAGACCUUCUGUUUGACAGCUCGCACGUACUUGAACACGCAAUAAUUCGGACUGUUUUGCAGUCUACGGGCUUGUGGCUUACCAAUGAAUCCAAAUUCAUAAGUAUUUCUUCCAUGUUGAUGUAACUGGAAGUCCAAGUAUAAUAUUUGCAAAUUAACUACACGUAAAAUAAAAUAUAGUUCUUUGGCAUUUUAAAAAAGCUAGGUCAAAAGCUGGUUUUUUGCUGGUUUGAGAGUUGUUUUUUAAAAACAUGUACCAGUUUGUGCAGUGUACACUUUAGUACACUUUCACACUUCACGUGUCUUGGUGAAUUACUUGUCGUGUUUCAGAAAAUGUUGGUUUGAAAUAACACAGUCAACUGAUACGUGAAAUGUUGAUUGAAUGUUUCUUACAGGUGACGGGGCUUCAGACUCGGCCUCAUCAUCGCCCACUCAGACUCCUAUUCCAUCACCAGGCCCUGGACAGGAGGUGAGUAGUCACCUACAACAACUUUGCACAUGCAUCACGCUUUCUUGUACUUUUCUUCACCGUCACUGCACCGCGAAUACGACGUGGCAAGUGCCAUAUUUCACGUUUUAUAGAGGACGUAAACAAGCGACGACGAAUUUUUCUUUCUCUUUCUAAACUUGAGUGCGGUCCCCAAGAAAUAAACUCCAGGGAAAUUCAUCUACAUUUGACAUUCUAAGCGAAUUGGAAUAAACUCCAAAAAGCCGUCGUCCAUACUAAAGCUCAAUAGGCCAUUUGAGAAAAAAGGUGAACGGUUUGUUUAUGGUGGAAAGUGCACUUAGCAUAUCCAGCUAGUUUUAUAAGUACUCCACUCAAAUAAUUAGAAACUAAUAAUCCAAAUAGAAAAUAACAGGAUUAAAAAACUUAACUAGCAGGAGGCAACUAGUUGGCUAUUUACAAUCGUGGCCGAGGUUUUGAAAUCAGAACGACCGAGCUUGACUUGAACCUGAAACACCACAGUUUUUCUUGUAGUUUUGUCACGUUUUUGCAGGACUAAAUUUUGUCAGGUUCGACACCUACUAAGCACAACUUCAGGGUAAAUGCCCAUGAAUUGUAGGAAUCGGAAAGUCUAUGCUUUUUGCGUUGCAGGAAAAAAAGCAUUGGUUAAUUCUAUGAACUUAAAAGAUCUCUUUAUGUAUUUUUCAACAGUCUGAAGGCGGUAAUGAAAGUGACAGGUAAGUCAUGGACUACAUUCUUUCUUUUUUUCCCUUCUAGUAAAAAAUGGUAUUUUGUAGAGGUACGUCAUCAUAAAACCUGUCUUUGAAUUAUGGGUUCUUAAAAAAGCUAGACAUAGGCAUAAAGUAAGAGUUCUUUCUUGUGAACCUACUGCUUAUCUUAUUUAAAUCAUUUCUUUUCUUUUACUGGUCGUGCUAUUUCACUGGUAAUUUUUAAAAUCUCACAUGUACUUAAAGCAGUUUUGUACAAAAUGUGGCGAAAAAAUAAAUCGAAACUUAAACUGUGCUCGUUCAUGUGCCGUGUUUAAAAACAACCAUACUCCUGGAGCCUGGCGGCGAACAAAACUCACUCACAAACUCACUCUUCAGACUCGCACGCGAUGAGGUCGCGCGCCUUGAAACCCCGGGAAAUAUGUGCUAGUCGCGUCAAAAACUAAAAACUAAUAGUUUUAUCUUUGAGUCAAGGGUCUCAAAGAAACAAAGCUCACUGUUUCCCUCCCAGUCCAAAUAGCUACGGCGCUCGUGGAUGCGAAGUCUGGAGAGAGUACGUCAUCGUAGCCCGCCAAAUUUUACCUUUAAGCAAACAGUGACUACUGGGUUUCUCGCUCAUUUGCUUUCGCUGUUAGUAAAACGCUGGGAAGACGUAAUUACUGGAAACCAGAGGAGUCAAAUACAUUACAAUCUAUGAUUAAAACCAGUGACUGUAAAAAAUAGGAGGAAAGUUGAAUUUUAUACUCGCGUAGCAGCGACUACGCCACAAGACAGGCCUUCACGUUGUAGGAUUUAGUGCAAGGGUUACGGUACGACGCAACGGCGGAAGUUAAUUUCCAAGCAUGCGCACUGCGUCAUUUUUGUUUUCUUUUUAUACUUCCGGUGCCGUAGUAGAGGUCGCCGUAACGAUUUGCUUUAAAUCCCUAUUAUUCCAACACUAGGCUCUAUGUUUAUCUCUUAGUGCAAUCAAGAGUGCUCGUUUUAGACCAGUGAGAGAUCGAGGAGACAUGUCACCUCCAGCAGUGACUAAUGUCGAAGCACCUUACAGCAGAGUAAAGCCGACUCCUAAAGAGGGCCUGUCGCAUAUUUCCUCACCACGCACCCAACGCCAGGCUCGCGAACUUCUUAAGAGCGAGGGAGAUAAAGACCGAGAUCAAAAGUCACCAAGCACUGCACCAGAAGUUAUUUAUUUUUGA